AUGGCUUCUUCCUUGAACGUCAUUGCACUCAUAUCGGGCGGCAAGGAUUCUUUCUUCUCUAUUCUGCACUGCUUGGCAAAUGGACACCGGCUCGUCGCGUUAGCCAACCUUCAUCCACCGGAAGGCGGCGAUGAGGACAUCAACAGCUUCAUGUACCAGACUGUAGGAUCUUCAUUAGUAUCACUAUACGGCCAAGUUCUUGAUGUUCCCCUGUAUCGCCAGGAGAUCCGCGGCUCCGCUGUCAUCCACGACAGAGACUACCGCGAGCAACAGGACGAUGAAACGGAAGAUCUAGUCCCACUCUUGGAGGAUGUUAUGCAACACCACCCCGAAGCCAACGCUGUCUCUACAGGUGCUAUUUUGUCUACUUAUCAGCGGACCCGUGUCGAGAAUGUCGCUUUGAGGCUCGGACUCACACCUCUUUCCUUUCUGUGGCAAUAUCCAUUUCUGCCACCAUAUCUACAGUCGAGUCUUCUCACCGAUAUGCAUGUCGUUGGCCAAAAUUCCAAGAUCAUUAAGGUGGCUUCUGGUGGUUUGGAUGAAAGUUUUCUAGGCGAGAACGUCGCAGAUCCAAGGACGGUGAGCCGGAUGAAGAAGGCGCUUGGGCGGUUCAGUGAGAACGGCGACGGGGCUUUGGUUGGUGAGGGAGGCGAAUUCGAGACGCUUGUUGUUGAUGGGCCAUCGUUGCUGUGGAAGAAGAGACUGGAAGUGCAGGGCGAGGGAGAAGUUGUGCGACAAGAGGGCGGGACAGCGACUUGGAAAGCGGCCAUGAAAGUUGUGGAGAAGGCCACUGACACAUUUAGUCUGCAGGACCUCAGGAAACCGCCUACAUUUGAUGACGAGUUUGGCCUGCUUUUAAAAAGUCGGCUGCAAAUACCAAGUGCGACCAGCCUUCCGGAGAGGCAAUCAACACCAAUAACGCUGCCUACGAGCAGGCACUUUCAGCACGGCAGAACAGUCAUUCUUAGUAACAUCACUGGUAAGACACAUCCAGACUCUAGCCAGGCAGACGCAUCCCAGAGCAACAUCAGAUUACAGCUCAGCAACAUCCUCUUCCGUCUUACAAAGUUGCUCGAGUCCUACCAGACGACGGCGAAUCGCAUCACGCAUUGCACGCUUCUGCUACGCGACAUGAAAGACUUCUCCUCGAUAAAUUCGCUAUACGCGAAGUUCUUCGAAUUCACUAACCCACCAAGCCGCGUGACCGUUGCAGUUGGCGACACUCUGCCAGCUGGUCUGGAUGUCAUGCUCACUGCGAUUGCGCAUCCAUCCGACCAGCCAAGAUCCCGUACCGGCCUUCACGUACAAAGCCAAUCCUACUGGGCUCCCGCAAACAUCGGGCCCUACAGCCAAGCAAUUUCCGUCCCUCUCGGAGAGGGACGUGAAGUGCAUAUUGCGGGACAAAUCCCACUCGACCCGGCUUCCAUGACUUUAUACACCGGACAUGGGUUCAAAGGCGAGGCUCUACUCUCACUACAACACCUCUUCCGGAUCGGACGCACGCAAAACGUGAAAUGGUGGACUGCAGGCGUGGCCAUGAUUCCGGCGAACGCAGAUGCGCGAGCUCAAGAAGAACGUGUGGUAGUCGCGAAGGCUGUGUGGAAAGCUGCCCACGAGCCUCCGUCCGAUGCGGAGAACGAGGAUGAAGAGGAAGUCGUGGAUGCUUGGGACCGCAAGAACUUCUCUAAAGCGUUUGAUGACACCGUUGCGCGUUCUCCGAUCCCUGAUUAUGCUGUUUUCGAACAGCAAGCACAAAGCGGUGCGAAGCUUCGCGCUUCACCCUGCGUCGUUAUCGAGGUCGAUGCGCUGCCGCGAUAUGCGUCCAUCGAGUGGGCAUGUACCGGCCUCAACGUGGAUGCACUAGAGCAAUUCCGCGACGACGAAAGCCCGGUCAAGGAGUCGGUCGUCCGGCACCUGGAGAAAAGCUUCGAGUACCGCGUUGUAGAGAUCCCGGAUGAGGAGGUGGAUGCUGCGCAAUUGCUCUCGCAGAUGGAGUAUGGAACGCUGUAUGCUUCUGAUAAGUUCGACUGGACGGACUCGAGAUGGUUCAAGAGGGGGAUUGCGUGGGUGCCAUGUAAGCGGGUGUGGGGCGAGGAAGGAAGGGAGGUCAGAGGGGUGAUUGUUGGGGGAAGAUAG